CACCGCACCACGGAGUGGGUGUGGCCUGUGUCACAUGGUCUGGAAGUGACGUCAUCCACCGGGAGCGGAGGUCUUGAAACUAUCGCUCCCGCAUGACGACAGAGCAGUGAGCCCCAGACAAGACCAUGUCCUCUCCUCGAGAUCAUAAGUCACCCGGAGGUCAAGGAGAAGGUGGCUCCCCCAGUCUCUCUACUACGAAGAAGCCUGGGAAGAAGGGGCAGACAUCGCCUCAAGGUGGCCCCAGCCUACAGGAAGUAAAGAAGAGGGGCCACCGCAUGAGGAAAACUCCCGAAAGAGAGAUUUGUGACCAAUUGGAUGGAUUGCACCUGGGUACAGAGGCUCCUGCAGAAGGAACCGGCCUGGUGUAUGAUGAUCGAAUGACACAAUUUUUCUGUCUCUGGGACGACAAGUUUCCCGAGUGUCCAACUCGUCUUUUGGCUGUGAAGGAGAAGUUGGUGGAGUACGGGCUGCUGGACCGCUGCCUGCCAGUGCCAGCACGAGAAGCAUCUGAGGAGGAGCUCUUGCUGGUUCACAGCCCAGACUACGUAGAGUUAAUGAAAUCCACCCAGAAAAUGACAGAGGAAGAGCUCAGAGCACUGUCGGACAACUACGACUCUGUCUACCUGCACCCAAUGUCGUUCACUGCUUCCCGUGUGGCCGCCGGGUCUGUACUACAGCUAAUCGAUAAGGUCAUGAGAAGGGAAGUCCGAAAUGGGUUGGCAGUGGUGAGGCCUCCGGGGCACCACGCUCAUACUGACCAGAUGAAUGGUUACUGCAUGUUUAACCACUUGGCCAUCGCCGCCAGAUACGCCCAGCACCAGCACGGUGUAAAGAGGGUUCUCAUUGUGGACUGGGAUGUACAUCAUGGACAAGGCACGCAGUUCAUAUUUGAGGACGACCCAAGUGUCCUUUAUUUUUCAAUCCAUCGCUAUGAAAAUGGAGAAUUUUGGCCACAUCUGGCGGAGUCUUCCAGCGCUGCCGUGGGCAAGGAGAAGGGCGAGCGAUAUAACAUAAAUGUGCCGUGGAAUAAGACGGGAAUGAAUGACGCGGAUUAUAUCACAACCUUCCUGCACCUGCUCCUGCCCGUCUCCUACGAGUUCCAGCCGCAGCUUGUGUUGGUUGCUGCAGGAUACGACUCAGUGGUCGGAGAUCCUAAGGGGGAGAUGUCCGCCACGCCAGCAUGCUUUGCACACCUUACCCACUUGCUCAUGUGUUUGGCUGAAGGAAGACUGGUGCUCGCUCUGGAGGGAGGUUACAACAUGCGCUCUAUGGCAGAAGGUGUCUGCGCCUCAUUGAAAGUGCUGCUCGGGGACCCAUGUCCGAGCUUACGUCAGCCUUUCACACCCUGUGAGAGUUCUCUGCAGUCCAUCUCUGGCGCCAUAUCUGUCCACAGGAAAUACUGGCGGUGUCUGCAGGACCAGGAUUUUCCCUUUAAGAUCGAGACAGGAGAUGAUAAACUAAAAACAGAGGAAAGCAGUGACCACUCCUUCCCCGAGGAGUCAGAAGAGGAUAACCUGAAGGUCACCUUGGACACUGCGAUGCAGGAGGUGAUGAGGAAGUUACCGGAGCGGUGCACGGGUCUGGUGUAUGAUGAGCAGAUGAUGGAGCAUUAUAACAUAUGGGACAGUGGUCACCCUGAGCUCCCGCUGAGAAUUGCGCGGAUUUUCAAGCAUCACAAGGAGAUGGGGCUCGUAGAUCGCUGCACUCGUCUUCCCCAUCGCCUUGCCACUACUAAGGAGCUACAGAUGUGUCAUAGCCUCCCUUACAUUAAGAAGAUUGAAGAAAGCUCACGAAUGAAACCAAGAGACCUGCACAGGAUGGGCUCUCAGUACAACUCCAUCUACAUCAACAACAGGUCGUAUAACAGCGCCCGCCUGGCCGCGGGCUCUACGUUCAGCGUGGUGGAGGCCGUAUUGAGGGGAGAGGUCCAAAAUGGAGUUUGCAUAGUCCGCCCUCCGGGUCACCAUGCGGAGCCAGGUGCGGCCUGUGGGUUUUGCUUCUUUAACAAUGUCGCCUUGGCUGCGCGAUACGCCCAAAGUCUGCAGAGCCCGUCGGACCCUCCUCUAAGGGUGAUGAUUUUGGACUGGGAUAUCCACCACGGUAACGGUACUCAGCAUAUAUUCCAGGAUGAUGCCAGCGUCCUGUAUGUGUCGCUCCAUCGCUAUGAUAACGGCAUCUUCUUCCCAUCUUCUGAGGACGCCGCACACGACAAGGUCGGGAGCGGUCCAGGCGAAGGAUUUAAUGUGAACAUCCCCUGGAAUGGAGGAAAGAUGGGAGAUGCGGAGUACCUGCUCGCCUUCCACAGAAUCGUCAUGCCCAUAGCUUACGAGUUUAAUCCACAACUCGUUUUGGUCUCUGCCGGAUUCGACGCCGCUCGUGGUGACCCGCUUGGAGGUUGCUGCGUCAGUCCAGAAGGCUACGCCCACAUGACGCAUCUCCUGAUGGGGCUGGCAGGGGGCAAGGUAGUGGUAGUGCUUGAGGGCGGAUAUAACCUUAUGUCGAUCUCUGAAUCCAUGUCCAUGUGUACCCGGACACUGCUGGGUGAUCCACUUCCCUUCAUAUCUGACCUGCACGCCCCCCGUCCUGCAGCCCUGCGUGCUAUCUCCAGUGUUCUUGGAGUACAUCAGAAAUAUUGGCGUAGCCUGCGUAUAAACGUUAGACCUCCUGUACCUUCUGAGGAGGCCUCGGAGGUCCUGUUCUCCCCACCGAAGAUGCAGCCACAUAAGGAUGGGGAGACUGGAUUAUCAUCACCUCAACACAGAAGUCCUGGAAAGCAGAUUGUAUAUACUCCUUCUCCUCCGAGACCAGAUCUAAGGGGGCAAGAAGAGGAACAUCUGACACCAAAGCAAAGACCAUCACUAUCGACCAUCGUCAGCAGUGAGAGUGCAGAGGCUGGCUCUCCGGAAGUUAGGACUUUGGUGAUCCAGGAUGUAGAUGACAGUAAGAAGGACUCCAUAUUGGAGGACCUUGGAGGAGAUUUGGUUACGUCUCCUUCUCAAGUGCCUAUGAGGGACUGUUCAGUCUCCAGUCUUUCUGCUCAGGACGAGGACAGUUGUGCCAAACCAGAUCAGUCAUAUGAAGGAGAAUCGCUGGAACUGGUCAUUGAGCUGCAGGUGUCUGACCAGACCCCAGAGAAGCAGAGGUCUAAACCUGCGACUGAGAGCUCAGUGGAGGAGCUUUUGAGAGACUUGCACUUGGGAGACGAUACAAAAAGUGUAGACGUCAGGUCUCCAGACAAUGAUAGCAAGCCGGUCGGUGGAGCAAGGAAGAAAACCUUCCAUGGGAAGAUCGUCAGGAGGAAUGCAGAUAUGGGGCCCUGCGUCCAUUCUUCAUGGCCCAAAACCAGAACCACAAUGAAUUUUGGCAAAACACCAGUCAGAUAUUUUGGAUGGGCCGAGUCUGCAGGUAAGCAGUGGGAUCUGGCGCCGCCCGAUGAAGCUGCUGCAGGUGAUCGUUUGUUCUGUGAAGUGGACAUGGACCCAUCACUCGGAUUCUCUGGGGAAUUAUUUACCGUAACACCCUUGCCCUGGUGCCCUCACUUAGAUUCGGUACAAGCGCUGCCCUCUGGUGGGCUGGACGUGACAGAGCCGUGCGCAGAGUGUGGCACCCAGGUGGAGAACUGGGUCUGUCUGACGUGUUACCAGGUUCUGUGCGGAAGGUACGUCUCGCAGCAUAUGAUGUGUCACGGAGUCUCCUGCGGCCAUGAUGUCGUCCUCAGCUUCUCGGACCUCUCCGUGUGGUGCUAUAGCUGUGACGCCUACAUCCAUAACGAGGUUCUCAUUCCAGCGAAGCAAUCCGCUUACCGUUCCAAGUUUGGUGAGGAUAUGCCAGGAGUCUAAAGUUCCCAGAUGGCAGCGGCCAGGGGGGAGGCAAAAGUCUAACCACAGAGACUACUACAACUGGAGAUCACUGUGCAGUGCACUGCAACUCCCAUCCUCCUCCUUAGUCUGUAACCCUCGCCGUAGUGUUUGUAUUCAGCUGCUGAAAUGCUGCCUACGUUUGUACCAUGCAAGUUCUGCAGCUUUCUGUUAGACCUUAUGCUUCAGUUCCUCACUGUUUACAAGAUACCUGCUUGCUGUCAGUGAACAGCAGCUUUUUGGUUCACAUCCAAACAUAGGAAACUUUUAUAGACCUUCUCGCAGCUGAGGGUUUGUUACCGGCCACCCUCGGAUUUCACGGACUGCACUGAUAACACUGUCACAGACUAGCAGAGCCAGCAAAACAAAUUUGCGCUGCUGAUGUGUCUAGUUGUAACAAAACCACAGCUGUGAGAAAUAUUAGGUCUGUACACUGUUUUUAUCCUCUGGAUGUAAACAAGAUUGUCUCUGUUCACUGACAACAAGCAGAGAUGAUGAAACUGGUGAGGAAUUGAUACACAAAUUAUAUUACAAAGAUUCUGACAUGCCAGCAAAGUGUCACAGGACAUCUAUAAUAUAUAUAUAUAAAACCUCAUUUAAAGGGGCGUGUCCUCUUACACUUCAGUUCGCCUUGUCAUUGUAGGCGAUGGAGCAGUGACUGGUAUUAUGCUGUUUUCAAGUGACCGUCCCCCAUACUCUCUAUGGCUAUUUAAUGAUUUAUUAUAUUUAAUCAGACACAAA